AUGCCGGAACUGCUGAUUCUGCUGAUCCUCCAAUGGCACGUCCAGCGCCAUGUCACCAAGCUCCGCCUUGAACGUGAGAUGCAACUUCUGUUGGCCGUGCUGGAACGACGUGUGAAGUUGCUGCGGCAGGCUCGGCCACUCACACAUGCCCAGUUCAGCUGGGUCAUGGAGAACCGGUGGACCUUGCGUGGUUUCUCCCUUGGCCGCUUGUUUGACGUUUUCCAACUUUGGCCUCAAGUCGAUUCCGACUUCAAACGUGAAGUGAAGUUCUUAGUAAACAGCGCGCGCGAGGGAAUGUCCACGCCACGUGUGGCAUGA